AUGGACUCGACAGUUCGAUCCGGCAGUGGGCUUGAACCCAUUAGAUUAAUACCUGAGCUGAAUAAUCAGCCAGGGAGCACAGCAUCAAACGUUCCAGUUGAUCCAGAGAAUUCCAUUUCAACUGGUACUACCACGGCCACAUCCACAACCAUAUCCACAUCGUCUACAACAUCGUUGGCAAAUGCUGUUAAAGACGUUAAAGAAGAGGUUGGCGACCCGAUUUCCGAUAUCAUCUGUGGUUCGCUAGCAGGUGCUACAGGCAAACUUAUAGAGUAUCCAUUUGAUACAGUCAAGGUACGAUUACAGAGUCAGCCAGUGGAUUCUCAACACACUCAGUUUCGAGGACCUUUAGACUGUUUUCGCAAGAGUAUACAGUCAGAAGGUAUUCGAGGACUAUAUCGAGGCAUUUCGUCUCCUAUUGUAGGAGCAGCUGCUGAGAACGCAGCGCUCUUUUUUGCAUACAACAUACUUCAAAAUUUCAUUAAGGACAAUAACAUUCAACUCAGCACCUCCUCGGCUUCUCUCGUCUGUGGAGCAGGAAGUGGAGUAUUUGCAUCGUUCAUUCUCACCCCUAUAGAGCUCGUCAAGUGUCGAAUCCAAGUCCAGAUGAUGCAGCAGACCGGGCCUCGAGUGGGUGCUUUCAAAACCAUCCUUUCUAUUUAUAAAGCAGACGGUAUUCGAGGAUUCUGGCGAGGUCAAACCGGAACCCUGAUUCGUGAAUCUGGUGGCUCGGCAGCCUGGUUUGGCGCCUAUGAAUACGUCAGUGCGCUUAUGAAAACAGUUCGAGGCAAAGAAGCCGCUGCUGCCAGCAACAACACUGAUUCGAUGCUGGCUGGAGCUGCUGCCGGUAUCUCGUACAAUCUGUCACUAUUCCCUGCUGACACCAUUAAAUCCCGCAUGCAAACCGAACAAAUUCUCAACACCACCACCACCACAAACGCAGUAAACAGUACCUCCAAGGGCUUUUUUGCUACCGGAGCCACUAUCUACCGCCAAGGAGGUAUCUCCGCUCUGUACCGGGGCUGUGGCAUCACCCUUGCACGAGCAGCACCCUCCAGCGCCGUCAUCUUUCUUGUCUACGAGAAUCUCAAGGGAUUCAAAAAUAAAUAUUUAUAG